AUGAAAAAAAAUGGUUUAGUAUUUAUCGAACGUGAGCCUGCAAAACGAGUUAUUCUCUAUCCCACACUACAUCAACAGCAAACACAAAAUAAUAAUGCUUUGUCUCUAACAAGAUCUAAAACAGCUGAUCAUUUUUCAAAUCAAACAGUAUCAGCUUCAAUAUCUUUAACAACAACAAAUCAUCUUAAAUAUGCUGGUUCUAAUCAAAACACCCUUACUCGACCGUUGUCCAAAGACGAUCAGUUUCUGGUUGAUACGAACGUCCCACAAGUAUAUCGUCAACAAACAGCACCACAUUUCAGUCAGUUGAAUGGCCAAAAUAAAAGUGUUUCACGAAAUAAUCCAUAUUAUUCAAAUCCAUUUUUUCGUCCGAAAGUGGUUGUUGAACAAAAAGAUACGGUGCCGCUCUCCUCAGGUGACACAAAUAAAAAUUCUACCUCGUUAAUAACAAACACUACUCUCUACACGACAACAAAUGGGAUAGUUUCAUGGAAUCAAAAUAAUGCAACAUCAAGAGUCGAUAAUAGAAAGCAAAAUAAUGUGUAUAAUAUGCAAAAUAACGCGAAUACCAGCAACUUGCUUGUUUUAAAUGGUCAAUCGGCGUUAUCACAACGCACUACAUCGCCGCAUGAUGAAAUAGCAAAUACGACUCCAGUCGUACUUAAUGAUAAUACUGUCGUUCAUGAUCUUAAUCGUUGGGCUGAAGCAGUGUCAGCGACACCGAGACAUGAUGUGUCGGCGAGUUCGGAGAAGGAGCGCACGAUGACAACCAAACCAAAUAUUGACAAGGAAACUAUCGGUCGUGCUAAUUCUUCAUCAAGUUCUGUUCUCUUUUCUCUUGAUACAUGGCGUGGUCCGCAGAGUCAUUCGACAAUAAUGAAUGAUCUUGUACAUUAUCAACAACGUGAUUUCCGAAAUGGUUAUAUGGCAUCAACAACCUUAGCAACUACAAACUCUUCUUCAUCGUCGACUCCUAAUUCUGCAGUUUCUCAUGAACAACAGCAAUCGAUACAACAACAACCUAGUGCGCUGAGUCAAAACUGGAAAUCGGCGCUGGCUGCUAAAUUUCAACAAAAUGCUCGUUUGCCAGCUGCAAAACUGUUUACAACAAAAACAAACUUUUCGAAUUUGGCAAAAAUUGAUACACCAUUCAAAGGUGAUAGAGGUAUCCUGUUUAAUCAUAACAAAGAUGAUACAAUGAAAAAUCAAUCACAAUUAUUACCCGUCAACGAUAGUGUAGUAACGAGUUUGAUAAAACCAGUUGCAGAUAAUUCGAAGAUUCAAACUAAACAAGUUGUUGAAACCGUCAAAGAUAGCAUUGCUGUAUCGUCACCAGUGCAUAACAACACUAUUAAGAAUCUCGUUCAAGAAAAAUUGCCUGUUCAACAAACGAACGUGGAGAAUAUGCCAAAAUCAACUGCAAAUUUAGAUCAACAACGAGCAAUUAUCACUAGAGUAAUGAUCCGACGCGAUUUUGUUAAAACAAACGAACCAAAAGUAACGCUACCAACAACAAAUGUUCGCUCAUCAUCAGUACCUGGAAGAAGUUCAAAUAAUGUAACUCAAUUGACAACAACUGUAGAUAACUAUAAUAACAACAAUAAUAAUAAUAUUAGUAAUAAUAAUAACAAUAAUAAUAAUAAUAUUAAUAAUAAUAAUAAUAAUGGUAACAAUAUCCGUAUUAAUAAUAGUCAAAUGAAAGGUAUUUUUACAAUACCACCAAAAAAUGGUGCUAAAACUCUUACAUCAAUCGAUACUAAUAAAGUGGAAAUACAAAACUCAUCAAGUGCAAUAAUUCGUUCAAAUAGUGCCGUAGCAGAUAGCGAACAAAGGCGAAAGGGACAAGAUAUAAGAAGGAACUGGAGUGCAUCCGUUACAUCAAUAAAUGGAGAACAUUUACAACGACGUUAUCAACAACAACAUACUGUUUCUCCUCCAACACGAUAUACCACAACAAUUGAUCAAACAACAGCAUUAAUGGAACAAAUAAAAAGUCGUCCGCAACCAAAAUCAACAGCGUUUGUAUCUUAUCCAUUUAGCAAAACGACAAGGCAAACAUCGAGUAAUACAACAUUAAUAUCAUUACCAUCAACAUUUAAAAAACUAGAUCGAAUUGAAGAACCAUUAAAACGAACGUUGAAACCCCAUGAACUCUGCUAUCAAUUAAAUUUGAAAUUAGAAUAUCUUAUUCUUAAUCGACUAAUUGAUAGAAGUCGUGUUAUCGUUAGUCGUACAUCAUCUGUAUUAUCAAACAGAGUAUCACCAACGCUGCUACAAUCAGCCAACACAACAUCUCGUACAGUUAUUAAAAAUGGAACGAAACAAAAUGAUUUGCUAACAACAGCUCUGUUAUUUUCAAAUAAUAGUGGACAUUUAUCAAUAGAUUCACAAUCAACAUUGAUAAUGAAUAAUGAUGAGAUGGAGAAAGAUUCAUGGAUAGAUGAAGGCAUGGAAGAAAUGGUAGAAGAACAAAAUAUUAUUAUUAGCAAGGCAAUUGAUGGGGAAAAUGAAGAGAAAGUUGAAGAUGAAGAAGAUGAAGGGGAAAAUGAGGAAGAAUCAGUAAAAUCUUCUGAAAGCGACGGUGAUACAGACACGUACAAUGCACUUGAUCCUCACGUGCUUGUAUCAGAUAAAGUUCGUCGUGUGGGCAAUAUGGAUGUUAGAACAGGACUCAUUCCAAGUAUAUUUAUAAAUAUACCACCGACAAUUCGAUUUGGAACAGAAAAUCAACGAAUUGAUCCGUUACCAGCACCACUCAAAAAAAUGAUGAAAUGGAAGAUGUCAACCAUUACACCAAACAUUGUUAAAAAUACUGUAACGAGAUCUGGAUUUCGUCUUAUAAACGCUGACGAGGGAAAUGAUUGGCUUGGUACAUGGUCACGGCAUAUGAAACCGCCAUGCUUCCGAGCAAUACGCGAAUUUCAAAAAGUAAAUCAUUUUCCUGGUUCAUUUCAAAUUGGUCGUAAAGAUCGUUUAUGGCGAAAUUUAUCGCAUAUGCAAGCGAUACAUUCGAAACGAGAAUUUGAUUUUGUACCACAAACAUUUGUUUUACCAGCCGAUUUAUUAUUAUUAAAACGUAUAUUCGAUGAAACAACCGACUCCCGAGAAUGUAAAUGGAUUAUUAAGCCGCCAGCUAGCGCCCGUGGUCAAGGAAUUCGAGUUAUUAGUAAAUUAGAUCAUGUACCAAAAAAACGUCCAGUUGUGGUACAAAAAUAUAUAGCUAAUCCAUAUUUAAUUAAUGGACAUAAAUUUGACUUACGAUUGUAUGUUUAUGUCACAAGUCAUGAUCCUCUAAGAAUUUAUCUUUAUGAAGAUGGUUUAGCUCGUUUUGCAUCACGAAAAUAUUCACCAUCAAUGAAAUCAUUAGGUGAUAGAUUUAUGCACUUAACAAAUUAUAGUAUUAACAGAUAUAACAGCGAAUAUAAAUCAAAUAAUGAUCAUGGUGCAUGUGCAGGACAUAAAUGGAGUCUAAAAGCAUUGUGGACUUAUUUGAAGAAACGAGAUAUUGAUGUUGUGGAUGUGUGGGAACGGAUUAAAGAUUUGAUUAUUAAAACAAUCAUAAGUGCUGAUGCUUAUGUUAACGUUUUGGUGAAAGCUAAUGUGAAAAGAAAAUUUAGUGUACAUGAAUUAUUUGGAUUUGAUGUUAUUUUGGAUGAACAAUGUAAACCAUGGAUUGUAGAAGUGAACAUUUCUCCCUCUUUACAUUCCAAUUCACCGCUUGAUGUUAGCGUUAAAGGAUCUAUGAUAGCUGAUCUACUCAAUUUAUCCGGUUUUCAGAUACCCGAUAGACGCGAUGUACUCUCUGAUACAAGUGUCAGAAAAAAAGCACGUCUACCUAAAAGUCUUAUAUUUGACAAACGAAUAUUAGCACAAACAUUAUCAACCGAUGAAAAACUAAAACAUCAAUAUUUUAUACAACGGUAUAAUGAUGAACAAGCACGAAAAUCCAUAUUAGAUAUGUUCACACCUGAUGAUAUUCGUCUAUUAACGGAAACAGAAGAUGAAUAUGCGAGACGAGGUUCAUUUGAACGCAUUUAUCCAACGCAUCAAACACGAAAAUAUUUAAAAUAUUUUGAAACACCAAGGUAUUAUAAUUUACUUUUAAAUGAAUGGAUUACAAAAUAUUAUCGACUUGAAGAACGAGGUAUAUCACUUUUAAAUAGUUUUUGCAAAAAAUUAAUUCAUAUUCAAAAUCCAGCAGAAAUUUCUGCUCAUUUAUGGGCACAUAACCAAAAACAAUGGCAAACAUCGAAUAGUCAUCGUGAUACUGACAAUGGAGAUUGA